ACGUCUGUUUCUACUUUCUACUGUGCAUUAACCUUUCUCACGUAAACUGUCAAUGCCUUAAAAAAAACUCAAGUCCGUCUGCAUUUUUAAAUGACACGAUACCAAUGUGGUUUCAUGAUAGUUGAUAUUCUUAGCAUAUUUCCAGAAUGAAUACAUUUUACAAGCAAAUCUUAACUAAAAUUAAGACACGCGAAUUGCCGAGACACUCUAUUAUCCAUCGAUGCGACAGUUCGCUCGCCAAAAGUCCUUCGACGACGACGUACGACCUCGUUGUGGUCGGGGGCGGAAUAGUGGGAUGCGCGACUGCCAGAGAGAUGAAAAAGCGGCGACCCGAUUUUAAGAUAGCUAUUGUCGAGAAAGAGAAUGAACUUGCCAAACAUCAAACUGGACAUAAUAGCGGCGUUAUACACGCGGGCAUUUACUACAAGCCGCAAAGCAUAAAAGCAAAAUUAUGCGUCGAAGGCUUGCAUUUGUCCUACGAUUAUCUCAACAAGAACAACAUACCUCACAAAAAAGUCGGAAAACUUAUUGUAGCUCAAAAUAAGAGUCAAGUUGCGCAGCUGAAUAAUCUUCACGAACGAGCUUUACAAAAUAAUUGUCCCGAUAUAAAAAUCGUCGACAAAGAUAAAAUUUCGAGCUAUGAAGGAAAGUGUAAGGGUGAAAAAGCGAUUUGGUCGCCGUGGACUGGAAUAGUUGAUUGGGCUUUGGUUUGCAAUCAUUUUGCGAAGGAUUUUCAGCAAAUGGGUGGCGAUGUAUUUUUAAACUUCGAAGUGACUGGAUUUGCAGAAGCCGAAGACUCUUCCGCGAAAAUAGAUUCUCAUCAUAUUCGCGUACUUUCUAAGGGCAAGCAUAUCAAGGCAAAGCAUGUAUUGACGUGCGCAGGCUUGCAUUCGGAUAGACUAGCCGUUAUGAGCGGGUGCGACAAAAGUCCAGCUAUAGUGCCUUUUCGUGGAGAAUAUCUUCUUUUGAAUAAAGAACACUCUCACCUGGUUUCAACGAAUAUAUAUCCGGUACCGAAUCCAAAACUUCCAUUUUUGGGUGUUCACUUCACACCAAGAAUCAACGGUGAUAUAUGGCUAGGGCCAAAUGCAGUUUUGGCAUUUUCUAGAGAAGGAUAUCGCUGGUCAGAUAUCAAUAUCCGAGACUGCAUUGAUUUUUUGAAAUUUCCUGGAUUUUAUAAACUUGGUUUGAAGUAUACUUACCCUGGAAUGAUAGAAAUUCUCAAAUCUGCUUUUUACUCAUUAGCAGUGAAAGAUUGUGCAAAAUUCAUUCCUGAUGUAAAAACAGAUAUGGUCACACGAGGUCCGGCUGGUGUUCGUGCCCAAGCUCUUGAUAGGGAUGGGAAUCUUGUCGAUGAUUUUGUUUUUGAUUAUGGUACUGGAGAAAUGGGUAAAAGAAUUUUACAUUGUCGUAAUGCCCCAUCGCCAGGAGCUACGAGUAGUUUGGCAAUAGCAAAGUACAUUUCUAAUAAACUAGAAAAAGACUUUUAUUCCUGAACCUUGUAAAAGAUAUCAGAACACUUCUUCCAGCAAAAUCAUAUGCUGCAGUUACAUGAAAUCCCAUAUUUGUUAAAACAACAAGAUACUCCGCUAAGGCAAAU